AUGAUCCGUUCUCUUAUUAUUCUAGUAUUAUUCUACACAUCUGUAGUUUCUGGAUUGGAGAGCAAACAUUGGCAAUGGCGUCUGAUCACAUGUAAAGCUGGAGAUUCUCCGGUCCAGAAGAAAGAUGCAUCUUCUUGCAAAGUGUCACUGUUGGAGACUGAAAACGACCCAAAUCCGAGACCAGCUCCGUUCGAUCCAUGUUUUGAGGAGGAAAACGAUGGAAAACCGAGAAACUACUGUAACAUUGUCUGUCCGGGAGCCGACACAGCUUAUUUGAUCAAAAGAAUUCCUCAAAAUCAUCGUAGUUGCUUCGGACAUUUCACUUACAAGAUUGAGAAGAGAUCUCCGAAUUUCUUCAUUUGGAGAGAUGCAAAAUGUCGUUCCUCCAGUGUCGAGUUCCUUAUCAGAUGCGAGUUUCUGUCUCCAAGAAGUACAUUCAGAUCAGAUGAAGAUAUCUUUGAGGAAGCGAAUCGAAUUGCGACUGAUUUGAGACAAUAA